AUGUUUGAAACUUUGGGAUUGAAACUCACAUAAGAAGAAGCUAAAUUAGAAGGAAAGCAUUUACUCAAGGCUGUUAUGUCCAAAUGGAUUAAUGCUGCUGAUACAUUACUUGAAAUGAUUGUGUGCCAUUUACCAUCACCAAGAAAGGCUUAAAAAUACAGAACUUCAUAUUUAUAUGAAGGACCAUAAGAUGAUGCUAUUGCUUAAAUCAAUGAGAGAAUGCAAACCCAAAGGGACCAUUAAUUAUGUACGUCUCCAAGAUGGUUCCAACCACCGAUAGAGGAAGAUUCUUUGCUUUCGGUAGAGUUUUCUCUGGUACCAUUGCUACUGGAUAAAAGGUCAGAAUUAUGGGAGCCAACUACAAAGUAGGAAAGAAGGAAGAUUUGUUUGAAAAAGCUAUCUAAAGAACAGUUCUCAUGA